AUGGACGUCUACAAUCUUACCACAGUGACGGAGUUCAUCCUUGUAGGACUCUCUGACCUCCCUGAAGUGCGCUACUCUCUCUUCAUUUCCUUUGUCAUCAUCUAUCAGAUAACCUUGGUGGGUAAUGGGGCCAUCUUCCUGGCCAUUGGCAGAGAAAAAAAACUUCAUACUCCCAUGUAUUGCUUUUUAGCAAAUCUGUCUCUCUUAGAUAUGUUCUGUUCAUCAACUACUGUUCCUAAGAUGCUAGAUACCCUUUUGACUGAAGACUACAGCAUUUCAUUCACUGGGUGUGCUUUACAAUUGUAUUUCCUGGUGGCACUAAUGGGGACUGAAGUGUUCCUUCUCGCUGUCAUGGCUUAUGACCGGUAUGUAGCGAUAUGCUUUCCCCUUCGUUAUACUGUCAUCAUAACAAACAUUCGCUGUGCACAGAUGGUGUCUGGGACCUGGGCAGCAGGAUUUCUCAAUUCUGUCAUCCACACAAUAUCCACCUUUAGCCUGUCUUUCUGCCAGUCUAAUCAAGUUAACCAAUACUAUUGUGAUAUCCCACAAAUUGUGGCCCUGUCCUGCUCAUCUACUUAUAUGGCAGAAAUACUUGCUUUAGUGAUAGGAGGUAUUUUUGGGACUAGUGCCUUCUUGACCACCUUGAUCUCUUACAUGUAUAUCAUCUCCACCAUCCUGAAGAUCCGGUCAGCAGAAGGCAAACGAAAAGCCUUCUCCACAUGUGCCUCCCAUCUCCUUGUGGUCUGUUUGUUUUAUGGCACUGCCAUCUUUACCUACAUGCGCCGCUCUUCCAGUCAAAAUGCUCUAGCCAGAGAUAGACUCAUUUCCAUGCUGUAUGGAGUAAUUACUCCAAUGUUAAACCCCAUCAUCUACAGCCUGCGAAACACAGAGGUUAAAGUAGCUCUCAGAAGGUUGUUAUGUUGCUAA